AUGGAUGUAGUAGGUCCGCCGAAGAAGCGUCAGCGCACUGAGAAUGAUGAUGUGAUUGUGAAACCCGAACCCUCGAACGAUAUUGGGCCCACCGCGACUCUUCUUGACUACGACGACGGAAACGUUGUCAUUAGAUGUUAUACUCGCCUUUCGGUCGCGGAGCUAUCAACGUACUAUCGAGAGGGGCGAAUUGCCACAGACUCGGUAGAAGCAGCAAUUCAGGCCAUACCUGCAGAAGGCAUAUAUGGCACUGUAUUCUCCAACCAUUUCCGUGGGGAAGAGACCAUCCUUACCGGCCACGACGAACGACGCGACGGCGACCUCGUUUUCGAGUUCACGGGGUAUGAUACCCAAGAUCUCGAAUUCUGUCAGGAUAUGGAUGCUUUCCUGGCUAUGAUCUAUUCCCCAGACCAUCUCAACGAGAGAGCCACCAAACUCAGUAAACUGGGCGUUCACCAACUUCUCUCUCGUAUUCUUCGGGCCUCGAAGCGAUACAACUCAACAUCCAUCCGUACCAUCUGUGUCGGACAUCUCGAGAGGCUAUACCCCACUCGGCUCUCUUAUUGGACGUCGGAACGAUUCCAAGAGAUUCCUCUUGCUGCGACCACUAUCGCCAUUCGGUUCGCUACGGAGCAUAGUAUUGGUUCUAUUGCACCAAUACUGCUCUAUCGACUCAGCACGUUAUUCGCGUCUUUCGACGGCUUCGAACACCCAGAGCACCAAGAACCCCUUGACAAGCUGUUGGCACCCCUCACCGCCCAGGAUCUACAGUCUCUCCUAAGGGGCAACGCCACCCUAAUAUCCCAGACGGGCCUACGCUUGGCUCGCCUGACAACUCUUCCCGAACCCGGUUCAUGUCAACAACGUCAAGGGCUCAAUCCAAUGGUCUCCUGCUCGGCCGUCUUCGCCCGCCACGUCCGCCCUCCUUUCGCCUCGCCCGAUGCUCCGCCAUCGGCCUACUAUGCUCGGAAUCCCCUCGACCGGUUCGAUCAGAUCAUGUGUGAUGUUGCGAAGGAGGCGCUGAUAUGCGUGAACUGUAAGAGCAAGCUCUUGCAAGAGACGAAGGCGGCUAAGGCGAAGCUGUGGAAAGAUUUGCCACGCAUCUAUAAUGUGGUCAACCUUACUGGAGAAGGCUGGGGCUCUGAGUAA